AGCAGUAAUGUAGUCUCUGAGGGAGUUGGUGCUUCAUGCAUACUACACAGCUAAGCUUUCUAGCCCAUUGCUUCACAGACUGUCUGCCGCUUUCAUAAUAGAGGAUAUAGUUGAGACUUCAGAUGCAGCCGUGCUCACUUGUCCAUUCAUUCUCGGCAUUUAGUGGUGUCAACCUAUUAAUAACUAUUUUUGACUUCAGGUCCAUUGCUUUCUUGUCUGAAAACAUCAUUACUAUUGUCCAUGUGGCACAAUAAUUAGCAUACAGAUGAGAAGUGAUCUCGUCUCCAAGCAUCAGCUGAAGGAAGAGAACGAAGAGGUGCGGUGGAAAGUUGAUUGGAUGAAUGAAGAGGAAUGGUGGGCGUUCAAAUGCAUUAGAAGAGUUUAGUUGUCAUGGAAGAGGGUUGUCAAUUUUCUUGGUGCAUUUGCUAAGUGGGGAGUCGGGGGGUGUCUGCUCCCAGAAUGAUUGCUGAUCACAUCACGGCCUACUAAAAGUGGCAGAUUUGGACUUUGUUGACUAAUAAUUUACCUGCCAGGUGCAUCCAUUCCCAUUACAUUUCUCACUCAGUUGUGCUAUCAAGCUGUGGAUACUUGGAGAAAUUAAACAAAGAUCACAGGGAGAUCAAAUGAAAAGCCUCAAACAUCGUCCGUUAAUUCUCACUGCAUGAAAUUCCCAGCGAGGAAAUUCUUCAUGAAGAAUUGAGAUGUCACCAGUAGAGGAACUCUGCAUGAAAACUUAAGACAACCCACCUGGGCUUACCAUCCCUUUCCUCAUUUAGCUCGGUCCACCAGACAAGCAGACAAGGCUUCAAAUGCUCAGAUGGAGGUGGAUACAGACGAGAACCGGCAUCGCACACGCUCCAAAGGUGUCCGAGUUCCUGUGGAACCAGUCAUACAAGAGCUGUUCAGCUGUCCUACUCCUGGCUGCGAUGGGAGUGGCCAUGUUAGUGGUAAAUAUGCAAGACAUAGAAGUGUUUACGGCUGUCCUUUGGCCAAGAAAAGGAAAACCCAAGAUAAUAAGCCUUUAGAGCCCUCACCUAAACGAAAACCUUACUCCUGCAAAACAGACAACUCCUCAGUAGACGAGUGCUAUGAAACAGAUGGGACAGAGGAAAUGGACGAGAAGGAGGAGGAAGAAGAGUACUCUGAUGACAAUGAAGACCAGGAAGAUGAGGAAGAUGAAGAAAUAGAUAGGGAUGAUGAAGACGAAAUUGAGGAAGAUGAAGAUGAAUAUGAAGAGGAAGGAGAGGAAAUAGAAGAUGAUGAAGAUGAUGAUGAGGAGGAUGACGAUGAAGACCAAGACCAUCACCCAAUGGAUUGUCACAGUUCUCGAAUAAUGCACGACCCAGAAAAGGAUGAUAAUAAUAACGAUGAAUACGAUAAUUAUGAUGAACUGGUGGCCAAGUCGUUGUUGAAUCUUGGCAAAAUAGCCGAGGAUGCAGCGUACAGAGCCAGAACAGAAUCUGAAAUGAACAGCAAUACUUCUAAUAGCUUGGAAGAUGACAGUGACAAGAACGAGAACGUAGGACGGAAAACGGAGCUUAGCUUAGAUUUGGACAGUGAUGUAGUUAGGGAAACAGUGGAUUCCCUCAAACUACUGGCACAAGGACAUGGUGUAGUGCUUUCAGAUAACCUCAACGACAGGCACUAUAUUGACAAUGCAUCGCAGGAAGAUACAAGAAAUAUGAACUAUCUGACAUUAGGGAAGCCUAUGAAUAACGGGCAUGCAGAGAAAAUGGUAGAGGAAAGUGAUGAGGAGGUGUGCUUGAGCAGUUUAGAAUGCUUACGUAACCAAUGUUUUGACCUUGCACGGAAACUUAGUGAAACAAAUUCUCACGACAGAAAUCAACAGCAAAACAUGAUCAUGAGAAUGCCCAGGGCAGACGAAGACUAUUCCGAUCGAAUGCCAGACAGGAACUAUUCAGACAUGAUGAACUUGAUGAGACUCGAAGAACAGUUGAGUCCCAGAUCGAGAACUUUUUCUAGCUGUGCAAAAGAGGAUGAUUUCAACGAAAGAGAUGAUGACACUACCUCCAUCACCUCUGACAGGUCAGAAGAAGUCUUCGAUAUGACGAAAGGUAAUCUGUCACUGCUAGAAAAAGCCAUAGCACUGGAAAGUGAGAGAGCAAAGGCAAUGAGGGAAAAGAUGGCCAUGGAAGCUGGAAGGAGAGACGGCAUGAGAAUUUGUAAUGACCAUGCAAUGAGACACCUCUCAGGGGAAGAAAGAAGGCCAAAGUCCAGUGAUGGCCAUGUCAAAAAGCCAUGUUAUACAAAAGAUCCCUCACGAACUGAGAAAAAAGAGAGCAAGUGUCCCACCCCCGGCUGCGAUGGAACAGGCCAUGUCACUGGCUUAUAUCCUCAUCACCGGAGUUUAUCGGGCUGUCCACACAAAGAUAGGGUACCUCCAGAAAUUCUCGCCAUGCAUGAAAAUGUUCUUAAGUGCCCUACGCCAGGCUGCACCGGGAGAGGCCAUGUAAACAGCAACAGGAAUUCUCACAGAAGUCUUUCAGGCUGUCCUAUUGCUGCGGCAGAGAAACUAGCGAAAGCCCAAGAAAAACAUCAAAGUUGUGAUGCCUCAAAAUCUAGCCAAGCAUCUGAUCGUGUAUUAAGGCCAAUGUGUUUUGUAAAGCAAUUAGAAAUUCCUCAGUAUGGUUACAGGAACAACGUAUCAACGACCACACCUCGCUCCAACCUGGCCAAGGAACUAGAGAAAUAUUCAAAGACUACGUUUGAAUAUAACAACUAUGAAAAUCACGCGUACGGAAAGAGGGCUAUAGCUCCAAAGGUGCAAUCUAGAGAUAUAUCUCCAAAAGGAUAUGAUGCUAAACGCUACUGUAAGAACUCCAGCCCGACAAGCAGCACAACGAGCAGUUAUGCCCCCAGCAGCAGCAGUAGCAAUAUGAGUUGUGGCGGAGGCAGCAGCGCCAGCAGUACGUGUAGCAAAAGCAGCUUUGAUUAUUCCCAUGACAUGGAAGCCGCGCACAUGGCAGCCACCGCCAUCCUGAACCUCUCCACUCGCUGCAGGGAGAUGCCCACGAACCUCUCUACCAAACCUCCAGACCUCUGCAACAGGAAUCCUGACAUUGAUGUGGAUGAAAAUGGAACACUGGACCUUAGCAUGAACAAACAAAGACAACGUGAUGUCUGCUGCUCCAUUCUAACGCCACUGGAACCAAUGUCACCACAGCGGCAGGCAGUGAUGAAUAGCCAGUGUUACCAAAUGAAUGAAACUGACUGCUGGGAUUUACCAGUAGACUACACUAAAAUGAAACCCAGACGGAUAGAUGAAGAUGAUUCCAAAGACAUUAAUCAUGAUGAUCUUGAUCCAUUCCAUGAUGCUCUAGAUGACAGAAGGUACCCUGGUGAUGUCACAAUUCCAAGUCCUAAGCCAAAAUAUCCUCAGUGUAAAGAGAGCAAAAAGGAUUUACUAACAUUGUCUGGUUGUCCAUUGGCUGACAAAAGUAUUCGAAACAUGAUAGCCACCAGUUCGCAGGAACUAAAGUGUCCGACUCCUGGCUGCGAUGGUUCUGGACAUAUAACUGGAAAUUAUGCUUCCCAUAGAAGUCUUUCAGGUUGUCCGAGGGCAAAGAAAAGUGGAAUCAAGAUAGCACAAAGCAAAGAAGACAAGGAGGACCAAGAACCUAUAAGAUGCCCAGUUCCCGGGUGCGAUGGACAAGGUCAUGUGACAGGAAAGUAUGCAUCGCAUCGCAGUGCAUCAGGAUGUCCACUGGCAGCAAAGCGACAGAAAGAUGGCUACUUGAAUGGAUCACAGUUCUCAUGGAAAUCUGGAAAAACUGAAGGAAUGUCCUGUCCCACUCCAGGAUGUGAUGGUUCUGGACACAUCAGCGGUAGUUUCCUCACACACCGAAGUUUAUCUGGAUGUCCAAGAGCUACAUCAGCAAUGAAGAAAGCCAGAUUAUCAGGAGAAGAGAUGAUGACUAUAAAGCAACGUGCAACAAAUGGUAUAGAAAAUGAUGAAGAAAUAAAACAAUUGGAUGAAGAAAUAAAGGAAUUAAAUGAGUCUAAUUCCCAGAUGGAAUCUGAUAUGAUUAAACUGAGAACUCAGGUACUGGACGAGCGUCCUGUUGCUUGCCAAGAACCCUGUGUUGAUGAAUACCAAUUUCAUAUUACUACAAUGGAGAGUAACCUGAAGACAAUAGAGGAGGAGAAUAAAGUAAUUGAGCAGCAAAACGAAUCUCUUCUGCAUGAACUGGCCAAUCUAAGUCAGUCUUUAAUUCAUAGUCUAGCUAAUAUCCAGCUGCCCCAUAUGGAUCCCAUCAAUGAACAAAAUUUUGAUGCCUACGUGACUACUUUGACGGACAUGUAUACAAAUCAAGAUCGCUAUCAAAGCCCGGAAAAUAAGGCACUUCUGGAAAACAUAAAGCAAGCCGUAAGAGGAAUACAAGUCUAAACAGCUACCGGGUUUUUUUGGGGGGGUUUUGGUGAAGGUUUUGUUCGAACAAAAAAAAGUAAAAGAUGCCUCUUGUUUUCUGCUGCUGUAAUCUACCAGAAAAGUGUUAUAUAUUUAUUCAUUUUGAGACAGUGUUAUGCUUACAAGACUCCAUGAUGAUUUUAUGUCUUGCUUUAAAAAUAGUUACUGCUGAAUAGAUUUUGAAUACAUUCACAUUUUGUACGUUUUCAUAUAAGCUAACAUUGUGUGAUAUGCCAUGUAAUAUUUAUAGCUGCUAAUGUAUGCACAUUUUUAAGGUAAAUAUAUUUCUGAAAAGGGAAGCUGACGAAGAGAAUCAGAGUGUAGAUUUUUUAUGCUUUGGUUAAUCAACGUUUUAGUAUUUUGAACUGGAAAAGAAAAAAAUCCGCUUUCGAAAAUGGUAUUACCAUCUACAGCCACUUUCUAGACACUUUUUAUUUGGCCUCUGAUUACAUGGGGUUCUUGAGGUUGCGAGAAUACAUUCUGGUGCGCAUAUUGUUUCACAGCAAGAAGAAUCUAUGUGAAAAAAAUUUGCUUUAUUUUUUAAUGAUCCUUCAAGUGGAGGCUGGAACUUUUUGGUAAGAUACACAAAAGAUUUCUUCGCUGUAAGACAACAUCAAGCUACGGAAAACUGUUGUGGAAAGUCAAUGCAGCUUAAAAGCACUUUUCAUUCUUAACUGAGCAUCAUCUGAUCUCAAUAAGGGAACAUCUAUUGUUGAACUAUAUCAGAAGUGGACGAUGUGAUGAUUCCCACCUAUCUUUUUCAAACAGACUUUGGAGAAAUAGCCACAACUCACCCCUUCACUCCAGGAUUGAUUAUUUUCCCUUUGAACUGCCUGUUAGACAAAAAAUAUACUCAUACUGGAGUCCUGCGUUUUUGAUUGAGGAUGAAAGACACUAUUUUUAAUACAUUUUUUGUUGCCUUUUUUGUUUUUCAUUGUCUUUUCAUUUCAUUGGGGGUUUUACAAUUAAUGCAAAAAAUAAAACCUGUUUCUGAUCCCUGGAAUAAUUAUGAGAAUAGAUUUAGUAGAAAAAGUAGACCAUCUAAUUUCAAACCUUUAGCUCUUAUAUCCAACUAUUUCUUUUUUUUUCAAUGCUGGUUCCGUUUGUCCGUUGUGAAAAAAAAUAUAAAAAAAUGGGAUUGUUGCUAGCUCAUCCUUUACGGAAAAAUAAUGUGAAGUUAUAUUACCAAACUUCGACAGCACUUACAGUAUUUAUUUUAAUUGUACUGAUUUUAAUGCACAUUUUCUUUUCUUUUUUAUUUAAACAUUUAUUUUCUUCUAAACAACUGCACUAACCAUAUGCAUAAGACCACUUUUUAAGUCACGUCAAAGAUGUGUUGUGUUUAUAAAGAUGUCAAAAAGGAUUAUUAUUUUUUAUUUAAAUUGCAUAUCUUUUUCCUUCCAUGUAUUGAUGUUAUGCAGAAAGUACAAUGUACUUAGAAUUUUGCUAUGAAAAACAGAUGGCUUUUUUAAGAAAAAAAAUAAAAAAAAAUAUUUUUAGCAAAAUAGGACAUACAGGGUCAUUGUCCCCACAAUGUGCCAGUUGAUAAUUUGCACUUACCUUGUCCUAUAUAUCCAUAAUAUACGGAGGUGUGCAAUUUUUUUGUGUCUAUAGCCUUUGUGACACUAACUUGGGAAAAAAAAAUAUUAUACCGGAAGCCAUGAUGGCUGUUUCAAUAAUAUCGCUAAGGGAGGUUACAGGGAUCUGACAACUAAUAUUCUAAUACAAUACUCAACCUCGGUAUAUAUAUGUAUAAAUAUAUGUAUAUCCCAGUGGCACUUUAUACUAUUCACUGUACAAAAGCUAACAGUUUUCCAAGAGGACUUUAAUAAGUAGCUGGGAAAAGAUUAUGUAAUUACUUUGGGGGGCUUUGCAGUAUGUUAUCUGUAAAGACCUGUCUUUCUGUUGUGCUAUUAGUUGUAGCGGUCAUGUUCAGAACUGCCUUUUCAAAAGCCGAAGCAAGGUGCUUGAUGUUCACCUUCUGCCAUAUCCAUAUCAUACUUCGCCUUGAAGCUCUUUCUCAAGGCGACCAUUGUUAAUACUGGCAUUUGCCCUUUUCCACUGCAUUGUGUCUGCAGCUUCUUUGCCAAUAUAGUAACGCUUUCAGUAGAUUAAUAGAUAGUAUCAGUUGGGAAUAUUAUUGUUAUCACCUAUGUACAAUGGAAAGGGAUUUUAAGCACAAAACUGCUGCUCAUUUAAUGGUGGUACAUGAUACUGUAUCAAAUCAAACCUAUCUGUGACUAUUAUAUAUAGGGAUCACAAAAAAAGUGUCACAUAUUAGAAUGCUGACCUUUCAUAUGAAAUUAUUGUGAGUCAUCGAAGUUUAUUUAUUCUAACUUAUUGUUCAUUUUCAUUUCUAAGUUUAAUUUAAGUAAUCAUUUAUUAAGACAGAAUUUUGUAUAAACUAUUUAUUGUGCUCUCUGUGGAACUGAAGUUUGAUUUAUUUUUGUACAACACGGCAUGGAUUUGUUGAUGACAUUUUAAUUUUGCGAUAAAUGUGUGGAAUCACAAGUUGCUGUGAUACUUCAUUUUUAAAUUGUGAACUUUGUACAAAUUUUGUCAUGCUGGAUGUCAACACAUCUUACUCUAAAUAAAAAAGACAAAAACAA